AUGUCAGAUUCUUACAGAUUUUUCAAUAAAUGUUAUGAACAAUAUGGUGACAUUUAUGAAUACUACAUUGGCAAUAGGCGUGCCAUCAUGCUGAAUCGAGUUGAUAUGGCAGAAAACAUUCUGACACAAUCGAUCAAAUCCAAAUACUUUAUCAGGCUUGUAGCAGCUAAUCAGGGAUGGGAAGAAUUGGGAUUUACGGAAAGAGGUUUGGUUGGAAACAAAGUAAUGAAAAAUUGGUUAUUGAACCGAAGGAUGUUGAAUUUUUGCUUGACUUCAACAAAAUAUAUAAAAGAAAUUGUCAAUGUCUCGCAAGAGCGGUUUUCAGAAGCAGAAGAGUAUUGGACUGAACUUGGCGAUAGUACACCUUUGGAAUUUACUAAAUGGAUGCAUGCCAUUACCGUAGACACGCAAAUAAGAACUCUAACUGGUCAAAUUACAUAUGCUCUUUCCUCCUACCGCAAUUCUCUUCUUGCGGCACAUCGACAACAACCUCUUCCUGAAUCAUCCCUCCACUAUUCCAAGUUAAUCAACCAUCUUUGCACCAUAUCUCGAGUAGGGCAAUUUUUUUACCUCAUGCCCUGGUAUUUUAGGCACUAUGUCCCAGGAAUCAGGGGAACUGCGGAACGGAUGAAGGGGGAAGCUAGGUGGCUCCAAGAGGAAGAGGGAGAAGAGUUGAGAGCUGAUCUGUUGUCGUUGAUGUUGACCAUAAAUACGCAAAAAGAUUUGAAUAGGGUUAAGACGAGUGAAUUCGAGAGGCCGCUAGACGAAGAAGAAAUCGUACAGUUGCUUAUUGAAGCAUUUUCCGGUGGGGUUGAUUCGAUAACGAAUGCGCUCUGCUUCACAAUCUACGACAUCUGUAAACGCCCAGCUGUCAAAUCCCGCCUGAUUGCUGAAAUCGAUGCUACCCUUCCGUCCGACGCCGACAUCCUUUCUUACGAUGCUUUAACCACAUCCUUCCCAUAUACCAGCGCAGUGAUGAAAGAAUCCUCCCGUUUGCUCACCGUCGCUCCAAUAAUAGCUCAAAUAGCCUCAGAAGACGACGAAGUUGCCGGGUAUAAAUGGCGUGCUGGUAUGACGGUUGGUGUCAAUCACGGAAUUAUUCACAGACACAAAGCAUACUGGAAGGAUCCUGAAGCUUUUAAACCUGAAAGAUUUUUGGACGAAUGUGAGGAUAAAGUAAAGCCAAAGACAUUUCUGCCUUUUGGUGGAACACUGAGAAUUUGUCCGGGUAGGUUUAUGGCCGACAGACUAAUCAAAACAUUUUUGAUCAUGCUGUUUCGAAAGUAUGAAGUUGAAUUAUGUGAACCAGAUAAGGAGAUUGAGUACCAUUAUGCAAUGAGUAACAAGUGUAAGGGUUUGAAGGUUUAUUUGAAGGCUAGGAAUAAAGAGCAUACGGCGGCGGCGUAG